AUGGUAAUUGGCAGAGGUUCAGGAAGUCCAGUAUCGGUGGCGGUAGAUCGAAUUGCGCUGCAGUGGAUAGUCAAGGCGUGCUUUCCUACGAUUGAGGCCCAAGGCAAUACUCAGACGAUCGCCAAGGAACCCACGAGAAUUGGUGAAGCAGGGUACCUCGUUGCCGAGUGCGAGCUUCAAGAUGUCGCCUGCGCCAAAUAUGAUAACGUCAUCGGCCUCAUGUGUCUAAGUAGCCCAGUCAAUCAUGUGCUUCAGGACUCGCAAAUACUUCUCAGAAAGACAACUAUCGUGUUUCUCAAGAAGAAUGGCAAGCCGGUAGAGCUCAAUGUGCGCCACAAAUUGAAGCUCUGGAAUGACUCUCGCCCCGGAUCGUACCCGGCGAACGAUCAUUUCAUUCCCGAUUCUGGUAAGGGUUUUGGGCCUGGGCAUGGGUCGCCAAACUCCAAGAACAUCGCUUUCUCUCGCCUGCGAGUAGAUCUCGAUGCGCAGCGGGAGAGCAUCGACAGAAUAGAUACUGCCGGUUUCCAAGUCGUGUCCCAAUUCGACCGCGCUGUUUCGCGCAUCGAAAAGGAGAUGGCAAAGCUCAGCUCGACUCUGGGCCAACUUCAGAUAUCCAGUGGGGAGUUCUCGACACGAAACAGUUUCAAGCUGUCUCGAUUGGAGAGCCAGGUUCGGACCGCAAACGCUGCCAAAUCUGAGAUGAAGAAGCUCUCCGAAGAAGUUCAUAGGGAGAAUGUUGAGCUCCGAAACGAUCUCCUAAUCUCGCAAGAAGAUUACAAGCAGCUCGAAAACGUACUGGGCCUACAAGCGGAUGUGGCAAAAUCGAAUGCAACCGUGAAAAACAUCCUCGACAUGAACAUUGGCAGUGCCAAGGAAACAGCCAAAUGA